AAUAUGCUGGCUUUGGGGUGUUUUGACAGCUUGCACUGUACUUAUACAAUAAAGUACACUUUUAGUCAAGAGUUUUAAGAACCCUGUGAGGAAGAUGCCAAGGGAUUACUUUUAAAAGAAGGAAACUGGUUCUUGAUUUUUUUAAAAAAAAGAUAAAAUUUGUUGACCGGGAGUUUUUCAGAAUUUGAAAUUUUUUUCCAUAAAGAUUAUGUUUUUGCUUCAGUACAUUAUUUUCAAGUUUUACACUGUGUCUGAAAAAAAAGAUGAUGCUUUCAAGAUCACCUGUUAAAAGUUUGUAAACAGUAACAGCGAACAAGAUGAGUACUCCAAUAAAUGGAAUAAUGGAUGAAGCAAUUGCCACCACUGAAUUUGACUACGAUAGUGUAGUAACACCAUGUCACGCUGUGGCUGUGCAAACAUUUGUUUUCAAUGUCCUGCCAACAUUCUAUUCUUUGGUGUUCAUCCUUGGCCUUGUGGGUAAUGUGCUGGUUGUGUUGGUCCUCAUCAAAUAUAAGUUCAAGAGCAUGACUGAUAUAUACCUGUUAAAUUUAGCCAUCUCUGAUCUGCUUUUCAUUUUCUCACUACCAUUUCGGAUUUAUUAUGCAGCAAACGACUGGGUAUUUGGGGAUGCAAUGUGCAAAAUUUAUAUUGGAAUCUUUUUUUUACACUUCUAUAGUGGAAGCUUUUUCAUCGUCCUCUUAACCAUUGAUCGAUAUCUAGACAUAGUUCAUUCAGCGUCUGCAUUAAAAGCCCGGCCAAUACACUAUGGUAUCAUUACAAGCAUUCAUGCAUGGGGCGUGGCAAUUUUAGUCUCUUCACCAGGAUUAGUUUUUUUCAGAUUACAGAUGGAAGAUGAUAGGAAAUCUUGCACUUCUUAUUUUCCAUAUGGAAGUAAUUUUGAAUGGAACAAGUUCCUUAUACUGAAAAUGUUCUUCGUAGGUCUGAUUUUUCCAAUGAUUAUUAUGACCUUCUGCUAUUCACGCAUCUUAAACACCCUGUUGAGAUCCAGGAAUGAGAAGAACAAAACAAUCUGGCUUAUUUUUAUCAUCAUGAUUAUUUAUUUCCUCUUCUGGGCCCCAAACAACAUUGUUCUUCUGCUCCAGUUAUUCCACACUUCAUUUUCUGCUGACAGUUGUAACAAUUUAAAGAGAAUGAAUACAGCAUUGCAACUGACUGAAACACUUGCAGUAGCUCAUUGCUGUAUCAAUCCUUUGAUCUAUGCUUUUGCCAGUGAGAAGUUUAGAAAAUAUGUCAUCAGCUUUUUCCAUCCAUGAAAUUCCUGUAUCUUCCUGUGUGAAGAACCUCUGGAACAGAGUACAGUAGUUCCACAUACUGACAUUCUAUUGGAAACGAAGGCAUUUCAGCAAUCUUAUAAAGUAUGUGUACAGAGAAUAAUAUGCUUUUAGGGAUUCAACUUUAUGGACUGGACUCAAAGGAGGCUACUAAGGGAUCAAGUCACUUCUAAUAAAGCUACUUUGGUGUUAAAAGACCAGAUCCGAACUGGAUGAAGCCUGAUUUGGUGAUGUCAGUUCACAAAUUAUGCAAUAUUACAUGAAUAUUAUAUGCAGUUCAAGUUGAAACAUAGAUUUAAUUGGGCAUUUUGCAGACAGUGAAGAGAAUCAAACCUUUGCUUGAGCAAAGCACAUUUUACCUUACCAUAUCUGAAGAAUAUUUAAAAUAUAUUUUACAGCAAGCCACAUUUGCUAAUUCUAAUGUAGCAUGAAUGACCAAACAAAUUAGUUCACUUCAAUGAAUUUUGACAUUUCACUUUUUGAAUAAGUAAGUCACACUGACAACAAAGGUCCGCAUAGUUAAAGCAAUGGUAUUCCCAGUAG